GUUACGUCACAAUUGAGUACAUCUUAGAAGCCAGUAGGAGACCUUCAUCUUAAGAUAAUUAGCGUCCAGUGUCUGUCAUCUGCUACAGUCAGUGCAGUGCGAGCCAUGGAGCGAGCAGCGUGGGUGAAGGAGCAGCUUGUGCCGGCCAUGCUGGCCCGUGGAAGUUUCGACAACUGGAGCAAACACCGCCUGGAAACCACAAAAUGUCACGUGGUACACAAAGGAGGGGGUGGAGAUCACUUCACUUCCACCAUAUUCUUCAUUAACUUGGAAUUGAAGUUCGAACAUCAGACACCGAAGGUGUACCAUAUGCUACUGAAAAUAUCACCGGAAGAUCCGAUAUACCGGAAGUACAUAGAUGCGGAUAUUCUCUUCCAUAAUGAGACCCUCAUGUACAACGAAGUCAUCCCCUCCUUCAAAGAAUUACUGAAGAAGCGACAGGCAGUUUCACUGGGACAGAUUUUCCCGAAAUGUUACUACGCGAAAUGUGGCGCUGGUGACACCGACAUUGUUGUGCUGGAGAACAUGGCGCCUCGAGGCUUCAGACCAUCAGCUGACAAGCUGUCCUUGGACUACGAUCACUGUGCAAUCGCACUGAGUCACCUGGCGCGGUACCACGCUAUCUCUUACGCAAUGAAGAAGCUGGAGCCCUCAGCGUUUCAUGCCAUGGUAAAGAAGUCCAGGGCACAGAACUACGCGAACAGCUCCCCAGAAGAUAUGACAUACUUUCUGAAGAAGACGUCUUACAGGGGUGUCAGAUACGUGGAGGCUCGACAGGAGCUGGACCAAGCGACUCUAGACAGGCUGAAGGAUCGUCUGGAGGUUGCAGGGCAACUCUUCUCGGACUUGAUGGCGCCCAAGGAGCCACUGGCUGUGAUGUGCCAUGGAGAUUUCUGCAGAAACAACAUCCUGUUCCGAUAUGACUCUGGGAAGCCAUGUGACGCCAUACUGUUUGAUUUCCAGAACGUGAAGUAUGGUUCUCCAGUUAUUGACCUAUCGCUUCUUAUGUACCUCAACAUGUCAUCGGAACUCAGGGCCCAGCAUUGGGACGAUUUGUUCGGUGAGUAUCAUGUCGCGCUGACAGGGACUCUCGCUGAGAUCCUAGGCUGCUCUGUUGAGGAACUGUUGCCAGACUUUGGAUUGGAAGAGUUCCGCAAGGAAUUUGUUGGCCACUGCCUCUACGGCUACCUGAUCUGCAGCUUCUUCCUGCCUCAGAUGCUGGUGGAGCAGAAGGACCAGAUGGAUUACAGUUCCUUCUAUCUGAGGACUAUCCGUGAGGUGGCCCAUCAGUGCUGUGACCUUGGGGGGGAACUGGCUACCCAGAAGUUGGCUGACAUUUUGAAGCAUGUGGCAGCAGUGGGUGGCAUUUAAACCAGCUGUAGCGGGGAGGAUUCAUGUCAACUAGUGAUGUGUGCCUUGGAAGUAAGAGUGGCUUUUACGUUCGAUGCUUGUGUUGAGGUUCUCUGCUAGAAUAUCAGUGAAAUAAUGGAGAGACUCCCGAAAUGUUUACGUAAAUGUUAUCUAUCUUCGAACCUUGGACUGUUCUGGUAUGAGUGACUGUUGCUGGCCCUUAGAAGCUUUCAGUUGUUCUAGCAAAGAAUUCACGGCGCUGUAGUUAAUUGACACACAGUGUAAUUUCCUCGUGAUGAAAUUUUUAUGAGUUCUUACUCUUCUCUGAGAACACGGUAUGUCUUUUAAUUUGCUAGUUCUGUUAUCCUGUCACAAGAGCUUGUACCGUGACCCUAUUGUGAGCCCGCUGAUUCCAAUACACAUUCUCCCUUUUACUUUAUGAUCCAUUUUAAUAGUAAAAUAUAAUCUGCACAGUGUAUGCAUGUACAUCUCGAAAUUGGUUGCUUCCCUUUAGCUUUCCCAGUCAACAUUUUAAGCCCACUUAUCAACUCGACCAUGAGUACUACGUGUCCUAAAAGCCGCUAAAUGAAUGUCAUCACAUAUGCAUUACUGAAAGAAGCAUUUCUUGUGUCUUCCCUUGCGUCAUUGAAAGCCAAACAUAUCUGCAAUGGAAGUUGAUGUUUGCUGAAGCUUACGCAUUUUGCGAAUAUCGAUCUAUUAUUGUUCAUUAUUUCGGGAUCUGAAAUGAAGUGGCGCCACCAAGUGACAACGAAUCUGACUAUUUUUUUUAUUGCUAGUGGGGUGGGACUAAGUCCCUUGCACUGCGGUCA